GACCCCUCCCUCUGACACCCCGCUGUCAUCCACCAUCACUCCUCCGGGCAGUGCACGCCUUCCCUGACCGCAGAUCCAGACUGUAGAAGGCGAUGAAGAUGAUGAUGAUCCUCGGGGGCAGUAUUUAAAGCCCCAGGAAAGCGGAAGCCUGGUCUGGGCCGAGUUAUCAGCUGACAGGAGGGAGACGGGGAGGUGCUGUGGUUGGCUAGCGCAGCUCAGACAGCUCUAGCUGAGCUGCUGCACCCUUGUUUUGUUGUUCCUUCCGUCCUACAGUGAAAAUGGAGUAAGGAGACAAAGCGAGGCUAAAGGGGCGCUGAUAAAAGCUGCCCUGAAAAGUCACUGAAGACCGAAGAAGAGUCAUUGUUCUCCGGUGGAAAGCAGCAGGCGUUCGCUCUCUUUGUUAUUCCCCCGUCCUCGGACCAUCCGGUGCCUACAACCCUCGACGCCAUCGCUUCUGGCCACGGCCGGCGUCUGGAGGUGGUGGACGAGGCUGCCAUGACGACAGGCGGGUGCUGCCACCUGCCUGGCUCCCUGUGCGACUGUGCCGGCACGGCAGGCAUGUGGAAGAUUGUCGAGGAGGCGGGGGGCGAGGGAUGCCAGGCCCUCUACGUCACUCAGGUCACGGCGCUGGACGGGCGGCUGCUGUCCUCCGUGCUCAAACCCAUGAGCGUACAAAGCGACUGUCCCAUCUGCCGCAUUUGCCACGAGGGGGGCAGCACCGAGGGUCUCCUGUCCCCGUGCGACUGCAUGGGCACGCUGGGCACGGUGCACAAGAGCUGCCUGGAGAAGUGGCUGUCGUCGUCCAACACCAGCUACUGCGAGCUCUGUCACACAGAGUUCAGCAUCGAGAGGCGACCCAAGCCGCUCACAGAGUGGCUGCAGGACCCCGGCCCUCGUAACGAGAAGCGGACGCUGUUCUGCGACAUGGUGUGCUUCCUCUUCAUCACGCCGCUGGCGGCCAUCUCCGGCUGGCUGUGCCUGAGGGGGGCUCAGGACCACCUUCACAUGGGCAGCUGGCUGCAGGCCGUGGGCCUCAUCGCGCUCACCAUCGCCCUCUUCACCAUCUACGUCCUCUGGACCCUGGUCUCUUUCCGCUACCACUGUCAGCUCUACUCCGAGUGGAGAAGAACAAAUCAGAAAGUGCGUCUUCUCAUUCCCGAAGCCAAGGAGUCCAGCUCUUCCCAGCAUUCCUUGCUCUCUAACAAACUGAAGAAGUCUGCCAGUGAGAGUAUAGUAUGAGAGCAGAUGGAGACAUGUGGGAAUCUUGCAUCACGUUUGUUGGCAGGACUUCAAAGAAGCUCUUCUGGGCUUUUUUUUUGUUUUUUGUUUUUUUGUUUUGUUUUACUUUAUAUUGCUUUCUUCCUUUUUUGCAUAUUUUUUCCACUCCAUCUGAAAAAUGCGUUCUGCAGGAACGCAUUUAAAUCGAGUCCUUCUGUUUUGUUUUUUUUAUCGCAGGAUGUUUGAUAAAGUUUAUGCAAAAAAACAACACAGAAAAGACUGAGAGACGGCAUGUGAUGUUCAGAAGCGUACACGUUUUCUGACUCAUCAUGAUGGAUGUGACGAUGAUGAUGAUGAUGAUGAGGGGUUCUGCUAACCAUAAAUGGAUUUCCAUAAUUAUCCCCCACAGUUUGGCAUCCUCUCUUACCCUGAAGUGUUGCAUAAACCCCAAAUUAACCCUCGAUUGUGAACAAAAAUCUGAAAAAUGAAGUUCACAUUUGUCAUACACAUGAAAGUGUAACCAGCUGCCAUGAAAAGACAUCCAGUUUGUAACUGUGUAUCGUCUUACCAGUAUUUACAGGAAACCUUUUUGAAAGGCUCCGCAGAACAAUUUCUCUGACGAAAACGGUAACUGCACCCUAAGCGGGUGUUUUGUGUUGACGUGCGUUGACCUGCUCUGACCGCUCUCUGUCGUUUGCAACUCACUGCCGCACGAGUGUGCUCUCAUAUUACUGUGACCGGAGCAGGUUGGGGGGUGGGGGGCAGCCCUCCCGUCUUUGAUUUAUACUUCACAAGCCAGAUGUUGAUUAUGUAGUUUGAGUUUAACGAGCGACUCAGAUUUUUCACUGCACCAGUUGUUGUUUUUUUUGUUUGUUUGUUUUUUUUUUACUUCUGGUCUAGUAAGGGACGACUGUGUAACAUGAGACUGUGCAAUAACAACACUGUGGAAAUUGAGGCUUUUACUGUAAACAGAUACUAACAUGCACAGUUAUGCAUUGCAUGCCAACCUCACAGUUGGUGAUUUUAGUUUGUUUUUUUUCUGUUGGUGUAUUUUUUAAAUUGACUUUAGACUGGAUUUCCUGUUUUCCAGCUGAAGCAGGCUUUGCCAGCAAGGUUUUUGUAUCAUAAGCACUUAACAUGUCGGUGUUCAUUUGGAUAGACAGAAACUAAAACAGCUUUUAAAAGAACAUUUUAUAUAUACAUAUAUACAUUUUUUUUAAACCCAGAGUAUUGCAGAAGCUUAUUCUAGGUUU